UCCAGAGCUUGUAUAUUUAACAUCUGAUUUAGGUAAAAUUUUGGGAAAAUUCAAUAGUAGUAUUCAAGGAUGUAAACUUAUAAUUAUGAAUAAAGCGGGAAUGUUAAGUGAAGAAUGGCAUAAGUUAAAUGAUCACUUAAAAUCUCUAAUUACAGAAGAUUAUAUCUCAGUUGAGCAUAAAGGUCUCGAAAAUCAAGAAUGUGAUCAUUUUCUCAGAUUUAUAGUAUUAAAUAAUCAUAAUACCCUAAUUCGUUUGAGCAAGGAGAUAGUUGUAUUAUAUAUUUAG